CUGCGAAUUUGUAGCUUUCCCCGCUGCUAUGGAUCAUAAUUUAAAACGACUGUUCAAAAACCCAAUCAGCUACAUGUUUACCAUCAUGGGGCUAUAAAAUCUUUAUAGAGAUUUGGCUAGUUAGAGUAGGAAAUGGGUAGAUUUCAGUGGAGUGAUUUAUUGAGCUACUAAAAAAAAGAAACGCACCACAACCCGUACUUUGAAGUAAUGACGUCACAGCAUUAAAAACGAAGCCAAGUUAUAUUAGGGAUGCGAGGAGCCCAAAGAAUUCACUUUUCUUGCUACAUGGGGGUCAGUCAGGGAGCCCCAUUCCCAAAGCGAUGCAACGAGGGGGACUGGCUGGGACCCUCACGAAGCGAGGCAGGAGGGAAACUUCGUCCAUGCUCAGAGGCAACUUCUCUCUUUCUUUAAUACUAAAAACAUGACCUCGCAAGCCCUCGAGUGAGCCCCGACUUUAAAACAAGAGCAAGCGCUGGGGGUCUUCAUCCCUCCCGGCCCUUCCCCUCACAGGCGGCGGUUGCUGGGGGAAGAAGGCGGCGGCGGCGGCGGCGGCGGCGGAGCCCCUCGUGGCGGAGCGGAGGAGGAGGCGGCCCUGCCAGGCCUGGCGCUCCUCUGCGCUCCCCCUUCCUUCCCGCCCAGGGCGGCCCUGCCCUCCGCCUGCCCCUCAGAGCCGGCGCGUCACGCGGGGCUGGGCCUCGGAAAACGGCGGCGGCGGCGGCGUCCUCUCCUCCUCCUCCUGCCCGCUUCCUCGCAGCCGCUGCGGGACGAGCUGCCCAAGCGAGGAGGCCAUGGAGAGGCGACGGCGGGAUGCUCCCUCGCAGCCACCGCCGCUGCCGCCGCCGUCGCUCGGGGCAAACGCCGCCUCAUCCUCCUCCCCGAGCUCGGCGGCGGCGGCGGCGCUGUGAGGGGGCGAAGCGGCGGCGGCCGGAGGCUCAGCGCACCUCCCCGGGCGGAGAGACCCGCCGCCAUGGACGCGGCGCCCUCCUCCUCCUCCUCGUCGUCGUCCGUGGAGCUCCGGGCGCCCGGCGCGCUGGGGCCGCUGGCUGCCCUCUGCCUGGGUGAGUCCGGGCCGGGCGGGACGGAGCCGUUACGGCGGGGAGGAAAGGAAGCGCCGUCGCUGCUGCCGUUAUUGUGGCUCCAGGCGGGAUGCGGGAGAAGGUGGCGUUGGCUGUGUUUCUGCUGAGGGGCGGCCAGGUGAGGGACCAGGGCGCCAGAGGCCCGGCGGAGAUGCUCCUCCGCUGGUGUGGCGGGAGAGAGCAGAGCAUCCUCCUGGCCCGCCGCCAUCUGGAGCAAGCAGGUGGGCAGCUGCUCCGGGGGCCCCCGGUUGGAGACCCCAGUCCACCCUACCUCUGGCUGAUUUCCCUCACCCAUCCAGCUCCCUGUCUCCUGCACCGACGGACAGCAGCAUAAGGCCAUUCCUACCAGCCCCCCGUCCCUGCAGGUGCUGCCGGCGGGGACUGAACCGGGGGGCCUUCUGCAGGCAAAGCCAGGUGCCGAGUUGUGGCCUGUGCAUCCUCCCCCUCCCCAUAAGGAUGCCCGCUGGUGGCAGCGGGAGAGGCUCUGUAAAGAGAGGGCGAUCCGCAGGCAAGAACUGCCCGCGAGGCUGCUCUCUUACACACCUGGCAGCACAUGGAGAGAAAUGUGUUGGGGUGCAGGCCGUUUGAUCCAACUUGCUCGAAAGUAUAUACCUAAGCCCAGCCGGGACACACACAUACUGGCAUGUAGGGCCCCAGCCCCGACUUGGGAGUUUUCCUUCAUGCGAUAGCACUGCAGAAUGAAGUGACAUCAGCUCUGUUUGCUCAUGGGAGUGCACUUUUUCUCUCCCUGCACUCAGGUUAUGCUCUGCAUGGAAAUGCUCGGUAAAACCGUGGCCUGUGGUUGCAUUAAGGACAUAAGUUCUUUGGACCCUGUGGUUCUUGUGGAUCAUUUUUCCUGUCUCUGUCUCUGUACCUAGAGGCAGCAAGGUUUUCUUUUUUCUUUUCGGUUUUUUUGCAAAGUUGCUAGCCUGUACAGUAGUCAGAAAGGCAAGCCCGGAGUGGUGUUGGUGGCUCACUUCCAUUUUACAAACAAGUUAGUGCAGUUUGUUCUGACAGCCUUCUUUGAUUUGUUGCUGUUAACAUGUUAAUGGAUUCCACCCCUGUGUUGAGAGGGUGGGAGGAGAGGAGAGGAAGAUUGCUGCUAGGGUUGUGAACGGGUUUUUUUUUUGCAUAAACACCAAUAUCAUUUGCAAAGAUUAAUGACACAUAGGAGCAAUACUUGUUUUUCAUAUGUAUGGGAAAUUAUUUCAGGAUAGAAAUGGUUUACUAGUUUACAGGAGGGAGUUCUUUAUAAAGGCAUCAGAAGGGAUAAUGCAACUAUAAUGUAGCUGCAGUCUUAUGCCCGGUUACUGGGAGUGAGCCCCAUUGAACCCAGUGAGACUUACUUUUGAUUAGACACAUUAACUGUGGUUUAGAAUGUGAUUUUUUUUCACUGGGGGAGGGGCAAGGGAAUUGAACAAUCUGCCGUUUUUCACAAACAAAAUUUGGUGGUAGAUGCAAGAACCUAAAAAUAAGGUUUCUGGCUCCCAUGCUUAUGAGAAACUGUACAAACCCUGCUCUUCUUGUGCCCCUGGGCUCUUGAAUGUAUCUGAACUCUGCAAUGCUGUACAUUUGAACUGUGAAUCUUAAUGGGCACAGCUUGCCACAUGCAGAGUUUCUGUACAGAGUAUAUUUUCUCUGCUGUUCUUUACGAGAAGCCACUGCGUUGACAGAUAUUUUUGCUUCGACACGGCUCUGAACAUUUGACCAGAUUUGGUAUGGAUGCAUCCUUAUGCUGGUCUCUGCAUUUGGCAAGGAGCUCCUCAUCCAUGCAAGAUGGAAUAGGUGGCAUUUAGCCAGUGAGCAUUCUCAUCCAGAUCAUAGUUGUUCAGUAUUGUCAGGAUGAAAAAUUUGAUUUGUUGCUGCUUUCCCUGUGUUCAGCCUCUCGCUUUCCUUCCUGUCUACAGCAAUCUUUCACUGUUCACUUUUGCAGCAGGUUUUAACUUGCUAAAUGCAGAUAGAGUGUAUGAGCAGUCUUUGAUACCAGUUUUGCACGACCCCCAUGUCUUUAAGCAAAGGCAUUCAAGUAGCAAGUUCCCAACUCUUAUUUCAUCCUCUUAUUCCUCCAAGAUAAAGAUGCAUUAGGAUGAAAUAAAUCGAUAAAUCUUACUCCUGGGUAAUUAGAGUCACCUAAUCAUUUUAUGCCUCCUGCUUUUCUGUUGGUAAAGGAGGACUAAACACCCCCCCCCAAGAGCAGUGCUGAGAUUUGGGGUGAGGUAGAAGAGCUAGAAAAGUUAACAAAGAGCUGAUACCUGAAAGAAGAUGGGCUGAAUGUAAAAAGCCGUUUGAAAGGAGUCUGAUGCCUGGGAUAUGCAGACUGCCUGCUGACAGACAUGGUUUGCAAGAGGGAAGCUCUAGCAUAAGCAGAAGUUUGAAAAUCCUGACUCUAUUGCAACGUGAGACCUGGCCAGAGUAGCACACACCUUAGUCAUAUCUAGAUUGGAUUAUUUGUGUUCUACAUAGAGCAACCUUUGAAGUGUAUUUGGAAACAUCAGUUUGUCCAGAAGGCUCAGCAAAGGGGUCAGUCAGUGGGACCAUAUUACACCAGUCGUGUUUCAGUCUUCAGUUUGUUUCCAGGCAGAAUUCAGCAUCUUGGUGAUGACACUUGAAGGUGAAGACCUAAAUGGCUUGGGCCCAGGGUACCUGAGGGACCACUACCUCCUGUGCCAGCCUGCCCAUUCAUUAUGAUCAAGUGGAGAGAGGUCUUUCUUUGUGUCUCACCUAUGAUGAAAGUGUAGUUUGUUGAGACAAGAGAUGGGGCCUUCUUGGGGGCUGCACCAAUAAUAUGGAGCAUCUUGCCCCAUGGAACUCAGGUGCUUGAACCCCCCCCCCGAUUGUUUUCUGCCAGCUGGUAAAUACUUUAAAAAACAAAACAAAAUUUCUGGCAAGCUUUUUGCCUUGCCAGGCAAAUCAUGUUUGGUUUUUUUCCUGAAGACACUGUUUUGCUUGCUAUGCCAUCCUCUGUUACGUUUUGUCUGAGAUUGUUCUAUUUUGGUGUUGUGAUGUUUGAUUGCUGUAAGCUGCCUUGAAUAAUGCAGCUCACAGCUUUAGAAGUGUAAGGCAGAACUAACUAGUGUGUGGAGUUCCGUAAUGUGGAUUUGCUUUUUUGAAAACGAAGGGCAUGUACAGUAUUCUCUGGUCUGUCAGUCCUCGGAAUAAAGGAUGUGAAACACCCUGCCUGUUCCAUGGUAUUAGAUCAAGAAUUUCCACUAUUACAGCUGUUUUCGUAAACGGAAGAGGCCUCUCUGGAUAUUUCUUCAUAACUGCUGUCCUUGGCAAGCUGACUUCCUUUAUUCAAAGUAGAAAUUGAGAUUUCUGAGACAUCUAUCUGCUAACCAAAAACCAACAACAUAGGCAUAACUAUCUUGAAGUGGGGGAGGCCUUCUGCUUAAGACUGUUCAGGUGGCUGUCCACCCACAAGCUGGGAAUCCCACUAACAUGUUUUUAAGUUGACGGGCGAUAGAGUCAUUGCUGUGGCAGGCUCCACAGUCGUGGAACUCCCUCCUUCUAGGGAUUAGUCUUUAUUCUUCCCUACCUCACCUUUGAAAUGGGCUUUGCCUAGAGCUUUAGUUGUGAUUUAUUUUUAUUACAUGAAACACAGAGUGCUGUUCUACUUCUGUCAUCCCCCCCCCCCCCCGUCCUCCCUCCCAUUGGAAAUUUGAAAUUAAGUCAGCCUGCUCAGUUCAGGCAUCAAAGUCUCCAUUCUUCCUCCUCCUCUCAUGCGUAGCUUCUCUUUCGUGGUUCGUUCUGAUCAUAGUUUGUUCAAUCUAAGCAAGACUUGCUUUCAAACCAUGAUCAAUCACCAUGAACCAGGUGUCAGGAGGAGAGAAGGCCUGAGCAAAAAUGGCAGAUCCAGUUAGACUGCAGUAUCUAAGAAUGAGGUGGGUCUCUCACAUGGAGUGGCCUCCUGGCCCCUGAGGUUUAUUGACCCCAGAAAUCAGCAUAAGCUGUGAAACUAGUGGAAUAAUUAUUCAGGCUCAGCCUGUGCAUUAAAUGUGUAAUAAAAUAAUAUUCUGGUGGUUCAUAAAGAUGCAGGGAGCAGUAAAGUGAAGCUGUCUUCAUCUUCAUCUGCUUUUCUACCUGGUCUCCAGGCAAUUCUACAACUUCAGUCCCUCCCUGCCGCCAUUUCUUUUGUUAGAUGGGACAGGAUAUUUGUCAGGUUCCCUUCUUGUCUCUCCACCCACCCCCCUUGUAAAACCCAACUGUUGAUACUUCAGAGCAAUCACUUUAAAAAGCACCAACCACAUUUACUGUCCUUGCAUUACCCUAGUGGUCAGCGGCCGGGAUAGCAGAACGUUUUGUAACAAGAAGAAAAAAAAGAUACCUCAGUGAUAAUCCACAGCCCAGUUAUUUGCAUCAAUGUGAUGUCUACAGUCAGUCUGUUGUGGAUAUAAUUGUGGAUGUUUCUGCAAAAUGUGAAACUUUUGGAUAGAGGCGCAAGGGCAGAGAGUAGCUGCAUGGCCUAUGAGUAGCAUCAAACUCUUCCUGUAAUACUGAUCUGCUGUCUACCACAGAUGAUAUUGUCUUUCUUGGGUUGAACAAGACACUCUAACUUCAGCUGCUUCGGUCCGAGACUAGAAAGAAUGUAUUGAUGGUGUUGUAUCUGAAUGAUUUUUGCUGAAAGUAGACCCAUUGAUAUUGAUGGACCUAUGUUCAUUUCAGUUGGUCUACUCUGAGUACAGCCAGCAUUGGAUACAGCUCAUAUUCUCUACUAAUGCUCAGCGUUUAUGCAACACUUUCUUUUUCAGAGCACUGCACAUAUGUGAUACCAGUGAACUUUCAAAUAGUUGUAUAAAGUAGAUCAGUACUAGUAUCUCACUAUUACAGGUGGAGGGUUCAGCUGAGAGAACAGUGGCUCAGAUGGCUAAUUACUUGUGUAUGUGUUUGCUGCAGAAACGACCCAGCCCACACCUCAUAGCACUUGAGCUGUGACACUUUCCCUAUAUUCAGCUGAUCCCCUAGAUGUUAUAAACAUCUACAGCAUGAUCUUGGGUAUUUUUGUUCAGAAGAAAAUCUGACUGUGUCCAGUGACGCUUGCUGCCUACUAUAUGUGAUUAGGAUUGCAGCUGGAGGCGGGGUUAUUUGGUUUUGAUUUUGAUUAUAUAUUUUGUGCUUUUAUAUUGCAAUUUUAUCCUGUGAGCUGCCCUGAGACCUGCAGGUAUAGGACGGUAUACAAAUUUAAUUUUAUAACAACAACAGCUUCUGUGCCAUUUUUCCUGUUCUAUAAAAGAAAAAGAAAAAGAAAACAAUUAGGUUCUCUCAUACCUUAAAUAUUAUACACACAAGCCAUCGUGAAGAAAAUGAAGACUCUGACUGAGCUAUAAGCUAACUCUGGUGUUUGUUGGAAGAACAUACCUUCUCUGAAUGUGUUUUUCCAUUUAUAAUUUUGUUAAUUACUUAUUGCCUCCACUGUAAUCUGUAGCAAAUUUUAAAAAAAUAUUUUUUUCUGUUUUGAAAACAGUCAACCUCUUCUUGUCUGGGAAAAUUGAAAGUGCUGUCACUUCAUUAGGUAAGAUACCUCUGUUUUCUAUUAGCAUUUGAGCUUCAUUUUCCUACUGAUAGAAAACACUUCCUGUAAAGAAUCAUUUUGAGAAAAGGGUCUCUUUUAAGAAUAAUUUUAAAACAAUGUAAAUGCUCUCUGAUACUAUAGAGAUACUUUAGGCUGAAAGACUAGUCCAGAUCUUCCCACAUCAUCCUCAAAAAAAUUCACGCAGCAAAUCCAGAUUGUGAAUGGCACAUUUAUCAUGUUGGUUUCUAUGCCACAGUAAAGGAGAGAAAUUUAUCUAAAUUAAUUACUGUCAUUCUGGACCAAUUUAUAUGCAGUAAAUGUUGCCCAGACUAUCCCAAAACCUUAUUUUCAUUGUAGAUAGAUGGACACUCUCACUUUACACUGUGCAUUUAUUGGCUUGAGUGUUAGUGGGAGCAGGAAGGAGGGGAAUGUGAGAGUAGGGAAAAAAAUAUGACAGCAUUGGAGAGACACGUGUAGUGAUUAGGCAGCACUGGACCAGGACCGUCCCAGCUUCAAAUCUCUCCUUGCCUUGGGCCAUUCAUUCUUUCUCAGUCUCAUGUAUUUCAUAACAGGUUUAUUACGAGGAUAAGAUGGUGGGGGAGAUGUAUUUGCUGCAGUUAGAAAGGGCGGAUGGAAGUGCAAUAAAAAAUGAGCUUCCAGAAUGGACAAAUUCUCUAGUACAGCAGGAGUUGUUUUAUUUUUUGGAGAUUAUGUUGUGUUGAAAGCAGCAGCAGCGGUUGUGGCUGCAAUCCUUUAUACCAGUGGUGGAUGAUCUCAGGCCCAUAGGCUUAAGCAGGACCAGCAUGGAUCCCAAUUUGUCCCAUGAAGCCAUUUCCCCCAUGCUGCUCCACACAGGUAAAGAUGUGACUGUUUGGGAGAGGAGGAAAACCAAGCAUUUUCAGGACAAUAGGUCUUGAAAAUGAUGUAUUAUUUACUUGGCUUUGGGCAUGGAUUUCCUGUGGUUGCUGGUUGGUUUGUUCCCUUUUUCUUUUUGGGCAAAUCUGUUCAGCAUUCCUUAUCAAAUCCCUUUUGCCAGGCUCAUUUAGGGCUAUUGAUGUUCUCCCAGGAGAUGCCCGUUGAACUGAAUUUAAGCCAGAAGACCAGAUAGUUUAGCAAAGCAGAAGGAGCAGGAAAGGGUAAUGGAAAUAUCUAUGACAAUAACUUUUAGAGACCAGGGAAAGCUGUUGUGGCAAAAAACAUGUGUUUAACAUUUAACAUUUCGUUGUGGCUUUUGACAGCUGCUUGCAGUGGAAAACUGGAACAGCAUACUGAGCGGCGUGGGGUCAUCUACAGCCAUUCCUGGCCACUCCACUAUCCUCCGGCCACCAACUGCAGCUGGUACAUUCAAGGUGAUCGAGGAGAUGUGAUAACUAUUAGGUACUACUAGUGAAAAUGUUUUAAUUGUCUACCUUUGCUGAAAUAAAUUCUCAGAUCCAGACCAGUUGCCCAACAUAAGCUUGGUCUGAAGGAACUUUAUUCUUCACGUUAUCCGUGGUGGUGAAAAAGCCAUUUUUAGCCUCACAAUAGGCAGGGAUCUAGGCUAGGCUGAGUAUUGCCAACACUGACUGGCAGCAAUGGCUCUCCAGGGUUUCAGGCAGGAGGCAACUGAUCCUACCUGAAGAUGCUGCCAGGGAUUGAACCUGGCACUUUGCAUGCCAAGCUGGUGCUCCAACACUGAGCUGUGGCCCCUAUCCAGUCUACGUGCUACUUGGGAGUUGCAGGGAGUAAGCUGCCUACCCGUCUUCCACCUAAUUUUGCUGCCUCUUGGUAGGAUGGUGGCACACAAGGAGAAUCAUUGUUUUCCUGAAGGAAAGAAGUAUUAACUUAUUUGCACCAUUUCUCUUCAGAUAUAUUGUAUAAUUUGCUUUGAAUUUAUCAACUAAAAAGAACAUCAAUUAACUCCACACAUUAAAUCUUUAACAUCACAUCACCUCAGAGCUCAACAUUAAACUGGAGGGAGAUCAAAUGCCCUCUUGAACAAGCUGCUUCCAAACGAGACUAGCAGUUCCUUAUUACAACUUUAAAAAUGGGGUGGGGGACAGGGAAUGAUCCAAAUCAAAUAAUUGAAGACACCUGGUCUUGGGCACUACCACUGAGCUCUUAAAUGUUUAAAGUGAUUAAUCAUUAAAUUAUUUGAAAUAUAUUUGAUAUCAUUUUAGAAUGGUUCAGCAGACAGCAGAUAGUAGAAAUUUUACUCGGUUUUUUUUAUUUUAAAAAACACACAUUAUCACAAAAGCAAGACAGGUGUUAUCUUAGAUAAUACAGGAAACUGUCCAGUACCUGCUCAGACCUCCAGGGUCAGAAGCAGGAAUGCCUUUGCACAUCCAUUGCUAGGGAACAUGAGGAAGGAAGUGUUCUUGUGCUCAGCUUAUGGGCUUCUUCCCAUUAGGGCAUCUGGCUGGCCACUGUGGGAACAGGAUGCUAGACUGCGUCCUGUGUCCUGAUCCAGCUACGGGGCUCUUCUGAUGCUCAGAAGUUGUCAGACUUCUUUCAUGUCACCUGCUACCUGACUCUUAGCUGGAGUUGCCAGGAUUGAACCUAGGACUGCCUGCAGGCACAGAUUAUCUUCCUCCAUUGAGCUAUGGGUUUUCCUCCCUGCCGCAAACUUCUUUUGCAAUUUCAUUUCAAAUUUAUUUAUUCUUUAUUUCACACAACAUUUGUGCACCUCUUAACUGUAAAGAAAACACACCUCAAAGCGCGUUACAAAAAGAUAAAACUGAGAAAAGUGUAGGGAGGGGUGUAUAUUGUCAUCUUGGCAGCCCAGGACCUCCAUACACACUGCUUAGGCUUGUGCUCCAGAGAAUAGUUUAAAACUACCACAAGUUAAAAUCUAAGACAGGUUUAAAUUCACAACUUUCUAAAAAAUCUGGGUAGGCUUGCAUAAACAGGGAUGUUUUUAGCAGAUGCCGAAAAGAGCCCAGUGAAGGCUCCUGCUUGAUAUUAAUAGGCAGGGAGUUUCAGAGUGCGGGUGCUGCCACACUAAACGAUCAAGUUCUUACAAAUGUGGAACUAGUAUUAUGCAGCAACUGUAGUAGUGCCAAUUCCGCUGAUCAAAGUGGUUGAGUGGGCAUGUGGGGCAAGUUGGUCUUUUAGGUAAACUGGCCCCAAGUUACUGAGGGCUUUAUAUACUAAUGCAUCUUGCCAUGUGCCCAACUUAUUCAUUCCAUCAGAGCCUUCAGACAGAACUUCCUGAUGAAUUGUGCCCUAGCCCGUCUUUAGCAGGCAAAGACAUUGUCUGACCUGCAUUUGAUACCUGUUCCCAUGGCCUUCCGGAGAGGGACAAAUGCACCAAGCCUUGCAAUUCAGCUCUGUUGUGCCUGACAUUGGGUAAUACAUCAUGCCAGCAACUGAGGAGGAAAUACAACCGAGGCUCUCUAACUUCCCACCUCCUUGUUCUAAGGAGUUGGGCAGAAUGUUUUUAAUGAGCCAAUUAAGGCUUCAGCUGUGUUCACAGCCUGCCCUUAUUUAGAGAAAGUCACAAACAAUCGUGGCUUCUCUUGUUUUAAUUGGAUGCUAUGGUUGCUUUGCUGUUGGCAGCCAUAAUUAUUUGCGCUGGACUUCCAACGUAUUUGCUAGCAGGGGAGGCAAAUUAGAUUUCCAGCAUUUGCUGAUUUCCAAAUGCUUGAUUUAGCGCUGGAAGCUUUAAUCAAGAUGUUAUUGACUGAUUAAUCAAGAACAGUUUUAGUUGAUUAAUUGAUGGGAGCCAUUUUAAUUGACUGGCCUGCAUCCUAAAGGCAACUUUUGUAAAUGUGCUAGCAGUUUUAUUGCUGCACCACUAGGAGGAGGAGAGUUGGUGUUCCAACCUGGCAGAGGUGACCCCUCAGCAAAGUGUCAUGUUGACUUUCGCUGUUCCUUUUCAUGAGAUGCUGUCUCAAAGCCUGCCUUCAAAGACAUUCUGAAGUAACACCUUCAUUGAACAUUUUAGUGAAAUCAGUAAUUUUUUGAAUGUUCCCCUCUUGCAUUUUUUUUAGUGCAUUCCUCUAAAAUGGUGAUCUCCCUUCAUUCCUCUAAAAAUAAGUCAGUCUCCCUUCAUCUGUGCUCCCUUCUCCCGUUUUCCUCCUCUUGUCAGUUUUAAGAACUUUGAUUUGGAGGACUCUCCCAAGUGUUCAACAGACUGGCUGAUGAUCGGUCCUCCUGCCAAGGGAGAAGAAUACAAAGCAUGUGGAUCCUUCAUCCCACCUCCUUUCAUCUCUGCCAGGGAUCACGUCUGGAUAUUUUUCCACUCUGAUCCAUCAAGUUCAGGGCAGGCUCAGGGAUUUCGCCUUUCGUAUAUCCGAGGUAAAAGUUCUCUCUAGUUUGAAUGGCUAUGUUGAUUAUUGCUUUGCAUUUAUCUUAUUUUCAACAUUUCUAUCUGAGGUUUAUGACUAUUUAUCCUCUGUUAGGCUGAGACUGAGGUGUGGCCAAAUGUCACCGAUUUAUAGCUGAGUCAGGACUUGAACCCAGGUCUUUGUAUCCCAAGUCCUCACACACUUUCUGCUGUACCACACUGGCUCUGGAUGUAGGCAGGAGGAGGGCCUUUUCCAUGGUGGUGCCUGAAUGAUGGCAGAGCCCAAUAGAGGUGCCUUCUUUUGCACUGGCUCUUGAGAUUGUUUGACUCCAGCUGGCAUUUUCCAGCUGAGCUUGGGACAUGCUCCUGUUGACGUGGUUUUUUAUUAUUCGGCUUCAUGAUGCAGCUUUGCUGCUGUUUGUUUUAUUCUUUGUUUCGUUUUUGAUUUUCUUGGGAGUUUAUAUUUCCAUUGUACGCUGCUUUGAUUUCACCACAAAAUAGGGAUCAAAUAAAUAAAAGCACCUCCAGUCUGCUUCUAAUGGUGACAGACUUGCACCUUUAGGUACAAGUGGGAUUUUUAAAGAACCAGAGUCUUGCAAGUGACAGAGGCUGAGUUCUCCCCCUGCCUGAAGUUUUUUCGCUCUCUGUGCUUUUCAACCACCUGCCUCCAGUACCAGGAGGGAGAGCCCCACCUGGAAGGAAAGUGUGUGUACAGGCAAGGAAGCAAAAGGGGCAGGGCUCAAUGGGGGCACCAGCCAUUUUUCUGCAACAGCAAAAAGAGGGGAAAAUAAGAUUACACUGCACAUGGCACCCCACCCAAAAAAGCUUUGCAAAUCCUCCUCCCUCUUCCACAUAACUGCCUCUCCUGUUGAAAAUAACCCUGAUGUGAUAUGUUCUCUUGGCAUUCCGUGGGGGACUUGUCCUAAGUGGCAACAAGGCUCUUGUGAUUUCCAGUGCUAGGAGCAAUCGCUCUGGGCUUCUAGCAUUUGUAUGCUGGAAGGGAGCUCUUGAAAGCAGCUGAAGCCUCAGAAAUUCUCCCUCUACAGAUACCCUGUGGCAAAUGAGCCAGAGCCUGUAGUUGUAAGAAGGAUUCUCAUUUGCCUUAAUUGCACGGCACUCAGAAGCACUUCUCUGAGUCUCUUUACAGAAACAGCCAUACUUUUGGCAAGAGACUCUUCCCCCCCUUCACACACACUCUUUAUUGGAGAGAAGAAAGGAGAGAGUGUGAUCUAGUUCUGCCUUUGCAAGGGGAAGUUAGAACUGCUGGCACUUUAAAUCUGAGAUCUUUCGAAUCCCGGCUCUUUUUUGCUCCCCUAAUUUGAGAGUCAUUUGUCCUCCUUCCACAUUGCUCCUGUAAGAAAAAAGGGCCUCCUCUCUCCUCCCCUCUUGCCUUUGUAAAACAGCUUUAGCUUCUCCCAGACCUGCUUUUCCCAUCUAGGAUACCCUUUUUUGUUUGCCUACAGUCUUCUGUUCUCUCAGGUUUUUGUCUUUGAACCUUAACUGGGACGGGGAGCCUACUUGAAAACUUUUCACAGCACCCCAAUCCCAGGUAUUUGGGGGCUUUCUGGAUGGGGCAGAAAGGUCAGUAAGAAGUAAUCUUCCCUCCAUACUACAGCUGCCCCCCCCCCCCAAAUGGUGGUGGAAAUCACAGCUAGUGGUGGUUAGUUCUUUUUUCAGAAUCGGGAUAGAGGUAGGGGUGGCCAAGGUGGCCAACAGACAGCCAGUCUCAGGUGUGCGCAUGUGCAUGUACACAAACCCACACACUUAGACCCAAAGGCAGGUGCACAGGCAGGCAGGCAGGCAGAUGACAUUCCAUGACAAUGAAGCUGCUAUGGAGAGGAAAAGCAGGGGGAGGGAAUCCCCUUCCAUCCCUUUGGAAAGGGCAUCUCCUCCUUCUGAAGUCAUGCCAUUGCAGUGGAGCUACUGAAAACCCAGGUGAGUUGUGGGGGAGAGAUGGUGUGCAGCUGGUGGGGAAGUUUGUCCUUGGCGAGAGAGAAUUUUAUACUUGUGUUGGCAUAAUAAUAUUUCAGAGUCCUCAAGAGCUGCUGCUUCCAAAGCUUGAUUGUCCUCCAUGCUGGAUUCAUGUUUCAGGCACAGCAUGGAGCAAGAAGUGCCCGGAGAAGUUUCCUAACGCUUGUCUCUCACUUCACAGGGAAAAUGGGCCAGGCUAAUUGCCAGUCUGAUGAAUUCCGCUGUCUGAAUGGCAAAUGCAUUCCCGGCACUUGGAAAUGCAACUCCAUGGAUGAGUGCGGCGAUAACUCAGACGAGAAAAAUUGCACUGUUCCCCCAACCGAGCCCCAGUCCAGCAUCUGCCCUUCAGGAACCUUCCAGUGCAGCGUAGCCCAUUCCACCAAGUGCUUGUUGAACGAGCUGAAAUGCAAUACGGUUAAAGAAUGCAGCGAUGGUUCCGACGAAGAGAACUGCCCCGACCUUUCAUGCGGCAAAAGGCUGGGCAACUUUUACGGGUCUUUCGCCUCUCCCGACUUCUUCCGCUCGGACCACAGCCAGGCGGACCUCCUCUGCACGUGGCAUGUGGACACCCAGGACAACCGCCACGUUCUCCUGCAGCUUGACCUGCAGCUCGGCUACAAUGACUACGUGAAGGUGUACGAUGGGCUGGAGGAGAGAGGCGACAAGCUCAUGCAGACCCUUUCCUAUCGCAACAACAGGCACUCGGUGAGCCUGGAGUCCUCCAAGGGGCAGCUGACCAUAUCAUACCAUGCCUGGUCCAAGAGCACCGGGCACGGGUUCAACGCCACCUACCAGGUGAAGGGCUACUGCCUCCCUUGGGAGCACCCGUGCGGCAAUGACGAGGGGUGCUACACCGACAGGCAGCGCUGUGACGGCUGGUGGCACUGCCCCAACGGCAAGGACGAGGAGAGCUGCCCAGCCUGCCAGAAGAACGAGUACCCGUGCGAGGGGAACAGCGGGCUGUGCUACUCGCUGCUCGACCGCUGCAACAACCAGAAGAACUGCCCGGAUGGCUCGGACGAGAAGAACUGCUUCACCUGUCAGCCGGGCAACUUCCACUGUGGCACCAACCUGUGCAUCUUUGAGACGUGGCGCUGCGAUGGGCAGGAGGAUUGCCAGGAUGGGAGCGAUGAACACAACUGCCUGGUGAUCGUGCCCAGGAAGGUCAUCACGGCGGCUCUCAUCGGGAGCCUGGUCUGCGGGCUGCUGCUGGUGAUCGCCUUGGGCUGCGCCUUCAAGCUCUACUCCUUGAGGACCAGGGAAUACAGGUGAAAAAGAUCAGCUUUGCUUCCUCCCCUCCCCUCCCAACCCAUUUUGUUAGGAGGGCUUUUCAUUUCCUUUCUGAGCAGGGUAACAUAGACACCUAGUUGAAACUUGGAAAGUAAAUUUACAAGGGGUCGUGUGGUAUGACUGUUAAGACCCUAACAUAAUACUAUUGUUUACAUUAACUGCAACAGCUCCCCAGAGUUUCAGACAGGAGACUUGCAUCACCCUGCUUGGAGGUACUAGGAAUUAAGCCUAAGGCCUUUUGCUUCCAGUACCUUUGCUUCCCCGCUGAGCGGCAGUCCCUCCCCCUCUUCAGACCUCAUGGGAAAAUAGGGUUUCCUGGUACAGGAAUGAGCCAUGGUGAAGCUUGAGCUCUCUCCCCAUUCCUCUUUCAUGCCUGGGGGUAGAUUGGAAGCACCCACAGGCCCCUCUGACUUUUGGAUUUGAGGCACAGGGAAUCCUGAAACCAUAGUUUCCAAGUUUGGGCAUUGCAAACCAGGUGGGAGGUCUUCUCUGUAGCCAGCCAGCCAAGAGGCAGAGAGAGAGUGCUUGAGCUUGUUGAUUAUGCCCAGGAACAUUGCUUCGGAACCCAGCCCUGAUAUGUUUCAUGCACAGCACAAGAAGUCUCAUACUGUCAAACUGACAGUAUGGCGGUGCAGGACUGGGGAGCCAUCCUCCUGGCAUUGGCAUUAAUGGUGCUUAUCUGGAGGGGGCAAGAAGGGAUGGUGGCUAGGUUAGAGCCAUGCAGGUGCCCCAGUGGGUGCUCCAGUUUGAUGGCGGUAGUGCACCGCAUGUCCUUAGGCCAAGAAAGCCUCCGGUUGCAGCCUUAGUCAUGAGUGGGUGGUAGCCUUUGUCACUUCUACUUUGAGCCAUGGCAGUCUCAGAAAAGAUGCCCACCUGGUCUAUUCUAAUCCAGCCAGCUUUCCUCUUCUCUUCUCUUCUCUCCCUCCCUCCCCACCCCGAUUCCAGGGCAUUUGAAACCCAGAUGACCCGUCUUGAGGCGGAGUUUGUGAGGCGUGAAGCUCCCCCUUCCUAUGGUCAACUGAUCGCACAGGGCCUGAUUCCACCUGUGGAAGACUUCCCUGUUUACAACGCAUCACAGGUAAAUGACUCUGUCAUCUACCCAUUAUUGCAACGCAAGUAGAGUCUGGAUCUGAAAAUGCCUUGCUUUGUACUAACAAUGCAGUCACUUUUUGACUGAGCUAGAAAGCAUUUCUCCUGCGUUCUGUGGUACUCCUUCAGAGUGAGCUCCACACAACAGAAACAAAGUUUUGUAUUUGUUGAGGGGAAGUACAGUAGAACCUCGGUUUUUGAGUGUCUCGUAAGUCGAACAAUUCGGAACCUGAAUGCCAGAAAUAAUUGCUUCCGUUUUUGAACACGCCUCAGAAGUCGAACAGCUUCCACUGUGUGUUUUUCCAUUUUUUUCAAUGGAUUUUGCCGACCACCCACUGAUCCUCGGUUUUCAAACGUUUCAGAAGUCAAACGGUCUUCUGGAAUGGAUUAUGUUUGAAAACCGAGGUUCCCCUGUAUUAUGUUUUGCAAACAUUUUUAUAUGAAAAGUAGGGAUGAAUAUGACACUCCCCCCACGUCUAAAUGCAUUGAGAUUCAUUCUGUUCCUCUCGAUGCUCUUCAGAUGUUUUGUUUUGGAUGACAUUUCUCUGACAUGUCCGAUCAAAACACAAUUAGGACUGCGGCUUGCUCACAACAUCGAGAACCUGAAUGAUUGAGGUGCCUGUUGGUUAUUUGAAUAAAUUGUUGACAUCAUGAUUACAAAAUGACACACCCAGGCAAUAAUCCAGCAUCAGCCAGCCAACUAAUUCUGUAUUUUGCAGACAGGUAUUUUAAUUGAGAGAAGGGAAUGAUUGCCCCCCCACAACAUCUCACAGGCCUGAUCUUUAUACGAUUCCCAGUGGCUGCUGUUUAUAGCGAGGAAGAGAUCUGUGCAAGGCCAAAUGAUAUGUUUUAAAGCAACAUGCAGCCUGGUCCUUAAUGUUUGAUUACACGUCAAUACAGUUUUAAUGCAUUAAAAUACUGCAGGGAUGGGGAACAUCUGUGACCCUCCAGAUGUUGUUGAGACUGCCACCCCUGACUAUUGGGCAUGCUGACAGAGACUGUUGGGAGCUGGAACUCAACAGGGCCACAGGUACCCCCACCCUAAAGUACUGUAGUAUUGCUAAACCCAAGCGUUUAUCUUUGUGAGAUGGAUUUGGCAAAGGUGAGCUUUGAAAAUGAAGAGAUUUGAUGUUUAUUUGCCAGAACCCUGUGAGGAAAGAGAAAAUAAAUUCACUUUUUGCUAUGAUAUUUUCACCACUUUUCACCUAGAAAAUCAUGGGGAUACUUGUAUACACAAGUCCUCCACACACACCCGGCAGUGAUUGGAUUUUGUUUUGUAUUUGCAUUUCCCCCAGCCCUGGCAAAUGCAUCCAGCCUCUACAGCGUGAUCCUAUUAUGGCCGAAGCUCUGUAUUUAGUUACACAAGCAGGGAGAUCUGCUUUAUGUUUCUGGUUUGGGCUUUUUGGGGGCUUUUCGUGCAUCCGCCUUUUGCACUGCUGGAGGCUGAAACAGAGGUGGCCAUUGGCGCUGGAUAAUCCCGAUAAUCCCCUGCAUUUGUGAGGUCAGGAGGUUCAAGAGGAAAGAAGAGAUUGGGGAGAGGUUGCUGUGUCGUGGGCUGAGAGGUUCCUCUGGCUUCCUUUCUGAGGAUGGCUUCCUUCCCGUCUUCUGACACUGGCCAGGAUGUUAGUGUAUUAUCUUUGAAUGAAAGCUAGGAAGGCAAAAAAAGAACCCACUCUGUUUGUCUUCAUAGGCCUCCGUCCUGCAGAACAUCCGAACGGCCAUGAGGAGGCAGAUGCGUCGCCAUUCGUCCAGGAGGAGCUCAUCCCGCCGGCGCUUGGGCAGGUUGUGGAACAGAUUUUUCCACCGGCCGCGGGUGAGGGCUCAGAUCCCGCUGCUGAACCCCACCCACACUUCCCAGACAGUGCUAGGGGAUGGAAUCAUCAAUCGCACAGAUGGCGCGGCCCCCCAGAGCCCCCCAGCUUCUCCCGAGGGAACUAAUGUUGAAACGGGGAGCUGCAGCCCAAACCGGGGACUCCUGGAAUCUGAAAACAGCCAUUUGCCUUCAGAGACAGAAGCUGCAGAAUCGCCCCCCUCAGACGUUCUGUCAAACAUUUGCACAGCAGCUCUCUCAGAGCCGGAGGACGGACAUGACAAGCCUUCGGGUACUGAAGACCCUCCCAGCGGUGAGAUCAGGCAGACCAGCAAGGCUGAUUCAGGGAAAACGUUCAGAGACCCUUUGUUGGAGAGGGUGGCAGAAACGCACCAGGGUGGGGGUUCGGCGUCUAGCAGGACUGUUGCCGAGUGCAGAAGCUCCAGCAGGAAUAAUUUGCUGAGCGAAGAGCCAUGCCGGCUCCCCUUCAAAAAGUGGGAGUCGAUAUACUCUGACAGCCCCGUGAAUGUCCCUGUUCAGGGGGACGGCCGACACUGUUGUUGCCCCCAGUCAUAUCGCGAAGAGCCUUUGGGCAUUCGCCCAGCUUGUUGCCAUUCCAUGGAAGUGCCAAUCCUCGAAUCCCCUCCCCCUCUCUCAGAAGUCACCCCCAGCGACGACGAGUCUUUACUGGUCUGCUAAUUGGAUUUUGCUGGGCUCUUUCAGGGGACACCUUUCAUUAAAUUGUGGUGCACACCAUCCGCCACCAACAUCACCACUUCUGUUGCAGCACAUCUCCAGCAAGGUUCAGUAGGACAAAUGUGGUAUCAGCAGCUGAUGAGAGCGUGUUCACACGAUCAUACUUUUCUUCUUUAAAAACAAAACAAACAAACAAACAAAGCAUUUACUUGUAUAACAUGUUAUACAUACAAGACACAGUUAUUCUUCCGAAAGGGCUUGCAGUUUGGACUGUCUUGCCAUCUCCUUUCGUAUCUGCAUACAGAUUUCUGACUAGCAGGCUACAGUCAUUAAAAUAUACCAGUUGUCAGUUUUGGCACCUCCAUUUGUGUGUGUGUGUGGCAUAAGUGUUUUGUAGCCAUCGUCAGAUGCACAAAACACCUGGCAGGUGCAAUAUGUUCCUGGUACGGGAAAGGCAGGUGGGGGAAAGUUCUGUGCCGGCAGGUUAGAGAAAGGAACUGUUAAAUCUCAAUUCAUCUGCCUGUAUCGGCUGUGCUUCUUCCACUGCUUAUAAUGACAUAUGCUGGGAGGCCUCCCUGGUGCCCUCGCUUCACAAUCUGUGGUUACCAGGGAGAAACUGACCCAGGGGGGUUUCUGCACAGCACACAGGCGUAACUCUGGAAAGCCGCUGUGUCUCUGAGAAGAAGAAGAAAAUAUGCAGCUCUGCAUCUGCCUACCAUAGGGACCCCCCUGGCUACAGUUUUCCCCAGCUGACCUUGAUCUGUGGGUGGGUGAACACACAACACCCGCCCCAGCAGAUCUGCCUUUGCAAUUUGACGCUUCCCUAAAUCCGCUUGUUCCUUCUGUUUGUGAAAGGCGCUUUCCCCUCUGCUUUCCGAGAUAAAAGUCAGCUUAUAGCUUCUCAUUCAUAUGCUGGAGGGGAUUCAUCCAGCAGGCAAAGCAAGGCACCAGGCACAAGUAAUUAUGACGGACCGCUCAACUGGAGAGAUCCAAUUAUUGGCGAUUUAGAAUAUUUGUCUAAAUUAAAGCUAUAUUUACAGAGCCCUGGGGUAAAUCGUUUAACAGGAAACCAAAGGCAGGGAGCAUCACAUUCCUUUCCUUUCAUACCUCCCCACCCCAUUUUGAAACAAGAACAAAAAAGCUACAUCCACUCAUUUGCUUGCUCUCUUCGUCACGGUACCCAUGGAGAAAUGCCAGUGGCAGCCAAAGGUUCCAUAUCCUUCAUUCACAGAAAAUAAUUGCAUUUUCCAGUUGCUGUGCCACUGUAACAACAAAGCAGCCAAGUUUUGAUUAUAGUGGGAUUGUAGCAAAGGCUGAUUUCAGUAGGAGUUUUAUGUUGAAUUAAGUUGGAUCAGUUUUACAAGGGUAUUUGUUGAGCUGUUGUUUAUUGUAGGUUUGUGGACCCCUUUUACCCACCCCCAUCCCGAGUUUCCAAUGUUAGCUGAGUGCAUAGAACUGUGAAUUGGGAGGUGCUUUUUACCAGAACUGGGUAGCCUGUGGACCUCAGGGGUUAUACAUUUCCCAUCACUGGGCAUGCUGACCGAGGCUGAAGGGAGUUGGAGGCCAGCAACAAACAUCUGGAGGGUCACAGGGUCCAUAUCCCUGCUUUAUUAUUACUAUUAUUUAUUUAUCUAUUUAUUAAAUUCACAUACUGCCCUGAGAAUUAUACUGAGCUAGCAGAUUUUCCAUGGUUUUCGAAGGGAGUUCCAGAGAACUGGUCAGUUCUUCAGAUACUCACUGGUGAGAACAUAAAUAGUGAUGUAAUAGCUUUCCUGAAAGCUCAUGGAGGUUCAGGCAUAAUGAGAAGUCCUGGUUUCUUGCCGUAUAAAGGAGCCUUGGGCUUGUUCACGCUCCCUCUUCCAUGUACUAAAGGAGCACCCACGUGUGAUUUCAAAAACAAACCGCAUGGCUCAAUGCUACUUCUGAGCUCAGGGAACAGUAGCUUGCCAAACCCUCCUUAGGGAGCAAACAUGGAUCUGAAACCACAUCUUGAUUCCGCUUUGUUCUCUGCAACUAGAAUUGAGUUUUUAAAAGACUACAUAACAAACAAAAGAGGGGAAAAAUCAACAUUUUUUUCUGAACAUCAUGUGGUACGUUAUACUUUGGGAACCUAGUGAGUUUAAACCAGCCACAGUUCCCCAAGUCAUGUCACUGGCGGUAAGUUGACAGAGGACACUUCUGGUCUCUUUGUAAAUGUGCACAGACCCUCUUCAGCAGUGGCAUGGGGGAAGUCGGACCACCCAUGCGCUUGCUGCUGGGAGUCGCAUGAGGUCCCACCAUUGGCUGGGAGGACACGAUUCCAACCCCCUCAGGCAACCCCUGAGCUGUCUCCAAGAAUACUUCAGUCGCUUGUCCUUGCCAUUCCCUUUUCGUUUUCCCAUAGACUGCUUUAUUUUUUUGUGGCUGCAGUCUCUGCGCUGCUGUAUGUGUUGCAGUUCCAUGGUAAUCGAUGGGACCUGAGCGCACUUGCUGGGCACUGGUAUGCAGCCAGCAUAGCCAUUAGUAGCCGUUUCUCAGAGUGCUGAUUGCUUUUUAACAACGUAACCAAAUGUUUCUCUGGCAUUCUGUCACUUAAAAAUACCUUUUCAGUUGUUUUUGAAGUUAAGGGCAGUGAGGAGCAGUGAUAAUACAAUCAGGUAUACAGAGUGGUUCAGGGUGCCUAGCAAUACUCUCUAUUUCUUUAACCCCCUUAAAGUUGAAUUUAAAUUUCUUGGUUUUGGCUGGACCCAAGUGGUUGUGUGCCUUAAGCGGGGAUGGUAUAAAUCAGAGCGUGCUGCAUCAGCAAAAUGCUUUUUUUAUUGUGAACUUUAGAGACGUCAUCUGUCACCCUUUACAAAUUACCAAGGAAAUGAAAAUGUUUCAACUAUCUUUCUGUCAAAGCAAAAAGUAAUUAAACUAACCUAACAUUGUCUUUCCUUUGUGAGAUGGGUUGCACAAGACCCGUCAAUGGUACUUGAACCAUCCCUUCCUCUUACUAGUGAAUGCAGGAGCUGAAUGCCAAACCAUGGCCCCUGGCAAACUAGAAGGACGUGUCAGCUUGGUUGGAGGACCUUCGAGGAUUGCAGAGGUAGAAAUAUAUUUUCUUUUUAAAAAAACGCAACCACCUUAGGGGACUCCCCUUAAAAAAUUUCCCAGUGAGAACUGUGCAUGCUCCAUAGUCCUAGUCAAUUCAAAAAGCAGACAAGGAAACUGGGAGUGGGUGGUGGAAUGAAGUGUCCUGGAGAAAGCAUAGCUGGCUGGAAGCCUGAAUAGGAAUGUUUCUGUUGGGAGGUGAGGAUGACAUGCAACAUUUUGUGGAGGGUCCCACUUGUUUAGUUUAUCUGGAAAGUUCUGAAUUCAAAAUCUUGCAAGCGGUAGCAUCUCUUGGCAGAACUAGCAUGCAUUACUCGUUUAUUUAAAGUUAAUAUCACCGAGAAGAUUUCUCGGAGCUUUUCCAAAAGAUAUUUUGGGGAAAUUAUUUUUUUGAACAAGGCCCAUUCCUGUAAUAAAGCUUGUGAAAAAGCUGAGUC